AUGCCGCCCCGCUCACACCGGCCGUGCACGGCGCGGCCGCUCCCUCUCGGCGCUGCUCGCACGCCGCCCUCACCGCACGGCCCCUUCCGGCGGCGCUACGGCGGCCGCGGCGGGACAGACCCGGCUCCCCGAGCGCAGGCGCGGAGGGGAGCGGAGGCCGGGCCGAUGCGGGGCCUGGCGCGACCGGCGCUGCGGGCGCGAUGGUGCCGCUCGCUCUGGGCGCUGCCGGCAAGGGCCGCCGCCAACGCCGCUUCUUCGCCUCCUCCUCAUCCUCCUCCUCUCGCCGGAGCCUCGCCGGGCGCGCUGAACCCGUUCGACCGGCGGCUGAAGCGGAAGCAGAAGAACUGGGCGGCGCUGCAGGCCGAGCCCGCCAAGUGCGAUUACCUGCGGGAGGAGGUCGGCGGCAGGAUCGCGGACCGGGUGUUUGACAUCACCAGAACGUUUCCUCUGGCUUUGGAUGUUGGCUCUGGAAGAGGUUACAUAGCUCAGCACUUAACCAAGGAAACAGUUGAAAAACUUAUUCAAGUUGAUAUUGCAGAGAAUGCUUUAAAAAAUGCUAUAGAAUCUGAAAUCCCAACGAUCAAGGUUGUAGCUGAUGAGGAAUUCCUUCCUUUCAAAGAAGAUACAUUUGAUCUUGUUGUCAGCAGCUUAAGUUUGCAUUGGGUGAAUGAUCUUCCUAAAGCUUUCAAAGAGAUCCACCAGGUGCUGAAGCCCGAUGGAGUGUUCAUUGGAGCCAUGUUUGGGGGGGACACCCUGUACGAGCUGCGCUGCUCCCUGCAGCUGGCUGAGCUGGAGAGGGAAGGGGGCUUCUCUCCUCACGUGUCACCCUUCACUGCUGUUGCUGAUCUGGGACAUCUCCUCUCCAGGGCUGGCUUUAACACCCUCACUGUGGAUACUGAUGAAAUCCAAGUGAACUACCCAGGGUUAUUUGAGGUUAUGGAAGACUUACAAGGUAUGGGGGAGAGUAAUUGCUCUUGGAAUAGAAAACCUCUGCUGCACAGGGAGACAAUGCUGGCAGCUGCUGCAAUAUACCAAGAAAUGUAUGGGAACAGCAAUGGCUCUGUACCUGCCACCUUUCAGAUCUACUACAUGAUUGGCUGGAAAUACCAUGAAUCACAGGCAAAACCAGCCCAGCGAGGUUCUGCAACAGUUUCAUUUGGAGACCUGGCAAAAAUAGAAGGACUUCUUAAAAGAGGAAAAAAAUAGUUGUUCUUCAGAAAUAAUAGUUGUCUUGAAACUUCUAUAAAAGUUUUAAUUGCAGACAGUCUUCACUUGUGCUUAUGUAGUGAUGACAUCCUGAAAUGAUAAUAAAGUAUCCACUAUAGAGCUUUUUGUACUGUGCCACAGCAUUAUCUGUGUGAAAUGGUGUUCAUUUUUUAUUUCUAGGUAAAUAGUUGAACAUUUUGCUUUCUCAAGUCUUUGAGAGAGUAAUUCAACUCUCAACUUUUUAUUAAAUUUACUGUUUUCAAACAUAA